GGAAUUUUUUCGGUCGGAUCACUUUUCUUUGCGGGGUCCGAUUCUUCUCUUUUCAAUUCAUUUUCCAGCUUCGCAAACCCUCUCAACCAAAUCUCCGAUCGACUCUUCCCUCACCUCGCCGCCGUCCUCCUCCCGCCUCCGUUGCCGCUGUUACUGCAAAACCCAGCCGUAGAUUACCCGCCGUAUAACAAGGAACUGAGUGGAGAGAUGGAUCCAGAUUCAGUUAAAUCGACUCUGUCGAAUCUAGCUUUUGGGAAUGUAAUGGCGGCAGCAGCUCGCAAUUACCAAAAGGAAAUACUCAAGCAAGAGAAGGCUCAGCCUUCUGCGAACCAAGAGAUUGACCUGGAUGAAUUGAUGGACGAUCCAGAGCUAGAAAAACUACAUGCUGACAGGAUCGCAGCACUGAAGAGAGAAGCUGAGAAGCGUGAAUCCCUAAAGAGGCUAGGACAUGGAGAGUACAGGGAGAUAACUGAAGGGGAUUUCUUGAGCGAAGUUACGAAGGGCGAUAAAGUGAUCUGCCACUUCUAUCAUAAGGAGUUUUAUCGCUGCAAGAUCGUGGAUAAGCAUUUGAAGGCUCUUGCUCCGAAGCAUGUGGAUACCAAGUUUGUCAAGCUGGAUGCCGAGAAUGCUCCCUUUUUUGUUGCUAAGCUUGGGAUCAAAACUCUGCCUUGCGUCAUACUUUUCAGGAAAGGGAUUGCAGCAGAUAGACUGGUGGGAUUCCAAGAUCUUGGCGGUAAAGAUGAUUUCCCAACUACAAGGAUCGAGAACUACUUCAUAAAGAAAGGUAUCAUUAGUGAGAAGAAGAAAGGUAACGAGGACGAAGAGGAAGAGUAUGAUGAAAGCCGUCGCAGGACAGUGAGAUCGUCUUUGGAUGCUGAUUCCGAUUCGGAUUAAGAGAGAACUAUGCAGCGGAUCACUUCUUUCUGCUUCGUAAAAUGUAUUUCUUUGUUGUAAUGUUGAUAAGUGUUGAAGUUCUUUCCUUUUCAGAAUUUUGAGUCCAGCCUCUUAGCAGUAAACCCUGCUUCCGGUGAUUCUGAUUGUGUUUCCUGCCUAGUUCAGCUGCUGCGAUUGUUGUUAUUCGGAGAUUCUAGUUUGACAGAGUGUAUGGCAUGUUUCAUAGUAGUGAAGUGCCUAGUUGGUACAGACACAUAUCGAGAUUGAUUUCAGUAUAUGUAUCAGUCUAGCUCGGUUUUGAUCGGGUUUGUUUCUCUUUUCUUUGUCAAAUCACGUCAGAUCGGGAACGUUUCAUGUAUUCGUUAUGGUUCAAUUCAAUCCACAUGUCGAUAUAUUCAAAUUCAAA